AAUACACAGGAGAUAGCGUGUGUGCAUGCUUCCUAUCAGAACAAGGCAGCCUUUAAUUACUGCAGAUAAUACUUAAUUAUGCUCAUCUUACUUUUUCUCACUGUUUGUGGAAGUAGCAUCGGCGUGGAGAGCCUCCCGUUGCCCGACUCUGGUCCACAUUUGGCAAAUGACUGGAGUGAAGCCGUCCGGCUACGACAUCUGUACGCAGCCAGACAUGGCUUUCAUCUGCAAAUAAACACAGACGGAGAAAUCAGUGGAUCACACAUGCAAAGCUCGGACAGUCUGAUGGAGAUAUGGCCAGUGGACACAGGCUGCGUAGCCAUUAAAGGGGUUGCAAGCUCCCGAUUUCUUUGCAUGGAAAAACUGGGAAACCUGUACGGAUCGCACACUUACACUAAAGAGGACUGCUCUUUUUUGGAACGCAUCCUUCCAGACGGCUACAACGUCUACUUCUCGAGCAAACACGGAGCUCUUGUGACUCUAAGUGGUGCGAAAAGCAAGGUGCACAGUUAUGAUGGGACUUCUGCAUCCCAGUUCCUCCCCAUGGUGAACACACUUCUGGAAGAACCUACCAAACAGCACUCAGGGGAACAGCGCUCUCAUGUUAACCAUGGACAGGACCAUCAGUUAGGCUUUGAAAUAGACAGUAUGGACCCUUUCGGAAAGAUCUCUCAAAUAGUGAUCCAGAGUCCCAGCUUUAACAAAAGAUGAGGAGUGAUUGAUCUCUUGUGGACGUUCAAAGAAAACGACCUGAGGUCAAGAAAUAGAAGACUGUAGAAAAUCAGUCCUGCCACGAGGGUCAGGGCAAGACUUUCUGAAAAAGAAAAUGCUGGGUCCAGUACAAGCUAACUGCACACUGGAGAAAUGUAAUGCAGACUGCAAAGGAAAAGCAAAAUCACUCCAUAAGGUGAUGCUUAUGGUGCAUCACCUGCUGCUUGAAGUUAUUUAUUUUUCACAGUUUUUAACCAACAUGCUCUCUAUACAUUCUAAAACUUAUGUUAUAGUUAAUAUGUGCCUUUCUGUACUUCAUUUCCUAUAAGUGAAUGUUAUUUGUUCUUUACAAAAGAGGACAUUUCUACAGUGGUUAUAAGUACACUGUAAAAAAUCCAGGUUGCCUUAAAUUUUUAAGCUGAUUCAAAUUAACUUUGUGAAUCUACUGAACUUAUAAUAUGUUAAACUGACUUAAAACAGCUUGCAUAACUUAUAAAAUUAAGUUAGAACAUGAUUAACUUAAUUUAAUAAGUUACAAUGACCUAAAAUUAUUUACAGUGUAUAACACAAAUCUUGAUAUACAAGUAGUCAACAUUUGAAAUGAAUCAAAACUUUUAAUCAAAGUUGUCUUUAAACUAUAUAAAAAAAAAACACCCAUUCUUUUUUUAAGACAAUUUAGAUUUUUUAGUCCACUUCAAAUAUUGAUUACUGUAUAUAUCACAAUAUACCUUACCCGUAAAUUCAGCCAAUUCAUAGUUUUUAAAUGCCGUCCACAUGACUAAUUUAGUCAUUCAUAAGUGAUUAUUUUUCUCAUUUUACACUGGAAGAAAGAUUUCAUUCAUCUGAUUACAAAAUGUAGGAUAAGCGUUCACAUCUACACUCCCGGUCAAAAGUUUGGGGUCAGUAGGAUUUUUAAAUGUAUUAAAAUAAGCUUCUCCUGCUCUCCAAGGCUGCAUUCAUUUAAUAAUAAU